UUUUUAUUUCUUUUCUGACAAAUAAUAGAUAAAUUACUAUAUUUAAUAGUAACCUCCCCGCAACAUCAACAAAACUCAAAACCACGACAGUGAAGAAAAGCAAGAAGACAGAGAGCGAGAGAGAGAAAGAGAGAGAGAGAGAGAGAGAGAGAGAGAGAGAGAAACUCCUUGCAUUCUUCCCUCCCAUCACAUUUUCAUAGCGGCCCCCGCCGUUCAGAAAUCAGAAACAGAAAAAAAAUCAUGGCGUCCACGGGACGAGUCCUCCUCCUCUCGCCACCCUCCCUCUCCUCGCAUCCCGAAAAGCUAAACGCGAUCCUCGGAUCGCAUACACGGGACAGGACAGACCUGCAGAUGCUCGACCGGCUCGUCCACGGCCUCGUCUCCCUCCCCGCAUCCACCUACGACAUCGUCCUGCUCCUCACCGGCGCAGACAACACGCUCGCGGAACCGUACAGCCUCGUCACCCGAGACAUUAUCCAGCAGGUUGUUCACAGCCUGAAGCCCGCGGGGAAGCUGAGGAGUCAGGAUAAUAAGGCGUGGGGAUUACGGAGCAGUGGGAAUAAUAGUGAUGAUGAUAAUGAUAAUGAUGAGCUGACAUUCAGGAACGAGGCGAUAUUGGCGGGGUUAGUAUUUGAUGAUAACGGGGAGCUGCUGAAGCCUGAUGUCGCGGCGCAGCAGGCUGUUCCGCUGAAGCUGGGGAGGAGGAAGAAGGAGAAGGAGAGGCGCCAUCCGUCAGGGAAUGAUGUUACGAAUGGGAAGGUGAACGCACCGUCUUCAAAUGGUGUAAACGCAUCCACGUCCACAGCUACAGCUACAGCUACAACGACCACGACCACGACCCCAAAAACAAACCCAGCUCCCUCCGGAGUCGGAUUUAUAGAUUUCAGCGACGACUACGGCGUGCCGAUGGAAGAGGAUCCCCAGGGUUCCGAUGACGAGCUAAUCGACGAAGACGAACUGCUUGGCGAAGAUGACAUGGGAAGACCAAUCGUCCAACCCCCUGAAUGCCGCCCCAAACCCGGAAAACGCCGACGAGCCUGCAAAGACUGCUCCUGCGGCCUCUCCCAAAAGCUCGAAGCAGAAGACAAAGCCAAGCGCGCCACCGCCGACAAGGCGCUGGAGACUAUCAUGGCGCCGACGAUGAAGCUGGGCUCGAGCGAGCUGGCGGAGGUAGACUUUACCGUGCAGGGGAAAGUGGGCAGCUGCGGGAAUUGCUCGCUGGGCGAUGCAUUCCGGUGCGAUGGGUGUCCGUAUAUUGGCCUGCCGGCAUUUAAGCCGGGGGAGGAGGUGAGGUUGUUGAAUAAUGAUGUGCAGCUGUGAAUGAGAGGGGGAUAUACUCUCUUUUUUAUCUCCCCACGCCAUAUUUUGCUACAUUGAGCAAAUGUGCGUUACCUUGCCUGCCCCUCAUGGCGAGCUGAGGGGGGCGAAUGAAUGAUAUGUUUCAUAGCGGGGUGAGAAAUAUCCCCCCCCCCCGGGGGGUGGUUCAUUUGAAUAGAUCGGAAAAUAAUUCCACUCAAUAUUCUUCUCUACGGCAAAUAAUGCCUGUAUUAACAUGUUAACGUGUUAACACAUAUGUUAUACAAAUCCUCUUAUGUGCACUGCUGUAUGCUUACUCUGAACAACAUAAUGGCCAUCUAGGCUCAGUUGUGAUAUUUUUGAAUCAAUGAACUAGUACUCAUUUAUUCAUUCCCCUUUUUAGGAUGGGUAUAUAGUAAACAAUGGUGGACAACUCUAACAUGCUGCCUCAUGACUUCUUCAAAUGUCAACAUCAAUGUUCUUUAAGAACCUUUCAUAUAUAGUGUCCCUGUUACUUGAAUGCAUUCAGAUGUGAAUAAUCAUAUAUAUAAAAGAGACUUAGCAUUUAGAACCAAGCAGUUGAAUAUAUAAAAGUCUUUCAAAUUUCUCCUUUAUUAUUGCC